AUGGCGACCCAAGAAACAGACACCUGUGCCGUCCAGGACAACGACAACAACCUGCUCUCUCCUACUCCUAACGGCAAGCGAUCUCGGAGAGAGACACGGAGAUUGUCUAGUCAAAGUGUGACCCGGGCCGAUCUGUUCUCAGGACCGACAGUCGUUGCACCGCCUGCACAUCUGAAAUCCAAGACCAAUGCCAACGAAACCGCCCAGGCCAUGGAGAUGGCCAAACACCAUUUGGUCACAUCUUCGGAGACCAGCACGCCAAACGAGUCUGGGCCUCCCACGCCAGAUGACUCGGGCCUCAGGACGACUGACAAGUAUGCCUUCGCGUUCGAUAUCGACGGUGUGCUCAUCCGAGGAGGCGAGGUCAUUCCCGAAGCAAUUGAGGCCAUGAAGGUGCUCAACGGCCAAAAUGAAUACGGCAUCAAAGUGCCCUACAUUUUCGUGACCAACGGCGGCGGUAAAACCGAAGAGGAACGGUGCAUUCAGCUUUCACAGCAGCUGCAGAUGGAGGUGUCACCUGGACAGUUCAUCUGUGGCCAUACACCCAUGAGGGAGAUGGCGGAGAAAUACCACACUGUUCUUGUCGUUGGUGGUGAAGGCGAAAAGUGCCGUAAAGUCGCCGAGGGCUAUGGGUUCAAGGAUGUGAUCACUCCAGGAGAUAUCAUCAAGGACAACAAACACACCACUCCUUUCCGUACGCUGACCGAGGAGGAGCUGAGAAACUCGAAGAAACGCAACUACGGAGAGGUCAACAUCGAGGCCGUCUUCGUCUUUGCCGACAGCAGAGACUGGGCGGGAGACUCCCAGAUCAUUCUCGAUCUCUGCAUGAGUAAGAAUGGUCGGCUGGGCACCCGCUCGGAAACGUUCGACGAGGGUCCUCCGGUAUUUUUCUCGCACAACGAUGUCGUCUGGGCCACUUCUCACAGCUACUCUCGAAUCGGUAUGGGGGCUCUGCGGGCUUCUCUCGAGGCCAUGUUCAAAGCCAUCACCGGCAAGGAACUGAAGACGGUUGCGUUCGGAAAGCCCCAGGUGGGCACCUUCGAAUUUGCAACUCGGCUUCUACAGCAAUGGCGCAAAGAUACCCACGGCAUCGACCGGCCUCCGGAGACGGUUUACUUCGUGGGUGAUACCCCGGAGUCCGACAUUCGCGGGACGAAUGAAUUCGACGAAAGUGGCAGGUCGUCUGCCCAAUGGUUCUCCAUCCUGGUCAGAACAGGCGUCUUCCAGGAAGGCACCCGACCUGCUUACAUGCCCAAAAUGACGGUGGACAAUGUCCUGGACGCCGUCAAAUUUGGCAUGAAGCGAGAAUUCGAGAAGCAAAUGAAGAAUCUGACCAUCGGCGGCGGUGCGCCUCAGCUUGCCAAUGCCAUCGUCGAGGAUGACUUCGAAGAGGCGGAAGAGAAAAAGCAACAGCAAGAGCAAUAG